AUGGAGGACCCUGCGAAGAAGCUGAAUCACAAGAGUGAUGGCAAGCCCCGGAAAGUACGAUUUAAAAUCUCCUCCUCCUACAGUGGUCGAGUGCUGAAGCAGGUCUUUGAGGAUGGGCAGGAAUUAGAGUCGCCAAAGGAGGAAUACCCUCACAGUUUUCUCCAAGAGGCCCUUGAACCAAUGGAUGGUGUUUACGGGUCUGGGGAAACCCCAAAACCCCAACUGUACUCCCCUAAGCUGACUGCGCAGAGGAUCAGUGUGUUUAGAGAGGGCAAUGCCUACACUUUGGCGGGCAGCCAGCCUCUGUUCAACGAUUACAAGACGAAUGACCAUAAGCCCCCACCUAUUAUAGAUUUUGGAAAGAUAAUCAUCUACACAAAUAACUUGAAAAUCAUUCGAACCCCAAUGGACAAGAGAGACUUCAUGAGAAAAAUUCUGCAGAAGGAGGAGGAGGUUGAGGAAGAGUCUCUGAUGAACAAAGAAGAAAACUGUGGUGGACAGAAUGAUGGACCUCUACUGGAGACAGAAAGCACAUUUCCCCCAAAUCAGUAUACGCAGGAAGGGGAGCUUCCCGAGGACAACUGCUUUCACUGUCGGGGGUCUGGCAGUGCCACCUGCUCUCUGUGCCACGGCAGCAAGUUCUCGAUGCUGGCCAACAGAUUUAAGGAGUCCUAUCGGGCCCUGAGGUGCCCUGCCUGCAAUGAGAAUGGCCUGCAGCCUUGCCAGAUUUGCAAUCAGUAACCUGUGGCUUUUUCAUAUCUGCUUUUGUCACACCCUCGGUAAAGUUAUUUCUAAUAAACGGACCCCUCGUCCUCCUACUGCCUCUCCCAGCAAGGAAGCCACAGUAGCUGCAAUCACUUCCACCACUGGCAAAAUUCAAUAAUUCAAUGACAUGUCAUGAGGCUAGAAACAUCUGCAUGUGAGUCUAGGUGGCAGGGGCACUUCUGAAUUAGAGUCUGCUUUGAAACUGGUUCUAACAUUACCCUCCCACAACAUGUGUGUGUACCUCAUUUGACUUAGCUCAGUUUUCUCCUUGCACAUAUACAUGUAUACUUCAGGCAACAGGUUGAAGUCAUUUUCUGGUUAGAAGCUCUUUUGCAAAAUUACGUGGUGAGAAAGGAAUACAAAACAGGUUUCUGAUGAGCUGAAUUCUGGUUGCUUAUAUGCACUUCAAAUUGUUAUUGGUCAAAUUGGAUUUCUAAAUUAAACAGAAGAGGAAAGGAACAGCCAUCGCUGAAAAAUGUUAGCAGAUCACCACAAACAAAAUAGGACAUUCACUCCAGAUUAGGCAACUCAAGGAGGCCUUUUCUUUCAAAGCCUUGAGUCCCUCCUGUGUGACAUGAUGGGCAAUAUUUAGGUGGGCAGCCAGUGG